GUAAACAACUGCAAAGGUAUAAUAAAGUAAAGGUACAAUAAAGCUAUGGUUUUAGUUAUCAGUAAAAAUGCAAGUUAAUCCAGUCCUUGAAAAGCAUGGACUUGCAAAGCCAGGUAUUUGGUAUGUAGUUUCUCCCUGCAAUGAAAGACCUUGUGCUAGAGUUGGUCACACAUGUUGUGUGCUAAAAACUUCGUGUAAAAUUUCCCAUUGCGCUUCCAAUGGCGCUGUGGUCGACGACGAUGAACCUUCUGAAAAAUUACUGUUUAUUGGUGGAGCAAAUCCUGAUGGAGCAUUCAGCGAUGCUUACAUUCUAGAUUUUGGUGAAUACAAGUGGUUUGAAUGCAACUGGAAAGGUUUGACACCGAGGUACGAGCAUUCUACUUUUAUACCAAUUAAUGAAAACCAGGAUAUUGUAGUAUUUGGUGGAGCACAAAUGGAUAAAAACUUGAAUGAUGUGUGGGUCCUAGAAAAUGGAUUGUGGUGCUUGUCAGUACCAUCUGGUCGAAUUCCCACUCCAAGAACUUGUCAUUCAGCAGCUGCUUUGCAUAACAAACUGUAUAUAUUUGGAGGAGGUGAAUCUGGAACUGAACCAACACAAGAUAGAAAGCUCCAUGUCUAUGAUGCUAAAGAAAACUGUUGGUCUCAACCCUUAGUUCAAGGUGAGUCUCCCACAUCUCGACACGGACAUGUCAUGGUGACAAUUGGUAACAAUAUUUAUAUUCACGGUGGAAUGGCUGGUGCAGAGAUGUUUGCUGAUCUUUGGAAACUAACUAUAUCUGAUGAGGAUUUGGUUUGGUCUCAACCAAAGACAACUGGGGACAUACCAUGUAAGAUGGCAGCACAUGCCGGUUGUGCUGUUCACAGCAUGUUAUAUUUGUUUGGUGGCAUGAAUGAAAAUGGUGCUUCAAUGGAUGAUCUUUAUUCACUUAACACAGAUUUAAUGGUUUGGCGACGUAUUUAUUGUGAUGGUCCCCCACCACAUUGCCGUCUAGAUCAUACCAUGUGCUCUGUGACAGUUUCCAGAAGCAGUGAUGAUGAACGGCUUGGUAAAGUAUGGCAGACUUUCAUUGUUGUGUUUGGUGGUAUGGAUGCUGUUGGUCAAAUAUUUGACGAUUGUCUUGCCUUUUUGGUUAGUGAAUGAAGAUGAUGCUACAGGAAUGAUGCUACAGCUGUUUUAGUUGCAUCUACUGUUCGCUCAGCUGUCACGCAAACUAAACUCAUCAUGAUGCAAAUUCACGAGACAGUGGAACCUCUUUGGAUAUUCAGUACCACAUCACAGAAUUAUGACCACAUAUUACAUUGUUAUUCUUAGUUUUA